CAUCUGCUAACAUGUCAACUGUAACUGCACCUGUGCUUUCAUUGAUAACCCUUGUCUGCUGGGCACACUGUAGCCAUUCUGUGCAGGAUGAUCUGGCGCCGGUUGAAGUGGAUUUUCGUUCUUUGGAUUACAGAAAUGUCUUAUACUGGAAACAACCACAUAAGGCUGGCCAACACAAGAAGUAUUUUGUUCAGCAUAAAGUAUAUGGCGAUAAGGAGUGGACAAAUACUGAACACUGCCAAGGUAUCCAAUUGCUCCAAUGUGACCUGAGCCAAGAGACAUCAGAUCCUAGAGAGUGGUACUACGCCAGGGUCCGUUCCCUCUCUGCUGAGGGCUACUCAUCGUGGGUCAUCAGCCCCAGGUUUCACCCUCACUGGGAUACCAGCAUUAGCCCACCCCAGUUAAAGGCAACUGUGACAGGACUGACCAUUAUGGUUCAGAUCAGACCUCCCAGGACACCAUUGCGAGGACCAAAGGGCACUAGAUUACGAGUGACAAAACUACAGAAACUGACGUUCAGGAUAUAUCUAAUGCACAAUGAUGUAGAAGAGGAGGUCCUUGAAACAGACAGUUGCUCCAAAGAGCUUGAGAUCCCUGGGCUGCAUCCAAAAACAACCUACUGCCUACAGGCUGUGUCCAUUAUCCCUCGCUCAGGCCGCAAAAGCACACGGAGUCCCAGCCUCUGCAUCAGCACGAAUUGAGGGUUUGGUGUCUCCCUCAGGUUGUGGAUGCUUCUGGACCUUUGUUAAACAUGAAAAUGAUGCACAUGCACACACUACAUGGUGGAAUGCCUGCAAAUUCUCACAAAGGUCACAUUUACAAGACCAUAUUUACAAGGCUUGGCCUUUACUAACUUAUGUUACAGCUGAAGCAUGCACCCUUACAAGAAAACUACAUGAAUUUCACACACUUGGCACGUGAUAACAUGUCCACGUGUCACCACACUUAACCUGUGAUUUAAAGGGAAUGUACAAGGGAUUCACACAAAACUAUUUCAAAACCACAAGUUUUUGUAAAUAUGAAAUUCCUGUGACUUUUCUGUAAGUAUCAUUUCCGUCCAAAAGGAAUUGCUACAAAAAUGUUUGUUUUUUAAAAAGGUUUCCUUAAAGGGAUAGUUCCCC